AUGCCAUCCCUCGUACGAACUCUUCUGUUGGGAAUUAUCCCGGCAUAUUUCGUCAACUGCCAUGCAGCUGAUUCCCUCGGGUCAAUGUAUCGCAUUGACGUGCAUUCCCAUGCCAUUCCAGCAAUUUGGAAACAAGCGAUGAUCUCAGCAGGCUUUCCAGUCAAGAAUGGUACUUUGUAUAAUGACGGCGCUCCUGUUCCCGAUUGGACAUUGGACUCGCACAUUAGCGCCAUGGACAACCUUGGGGUCAAUUACUCAACCAUCACCCGCAGAAUCAAUCUCCUACUUCAUGAAUACACCCAAACUUACCCAACUCGGCUUGGAGCACUUUGCCUUCUCCCUCUUCCUCAUGUCAGUGAAGCGGUAGAGGAGAUUCGAUUCUGCAUGGAUGUCCUCAAAUUUGUGGGCGUGGGCUUGUACACUAAUGCCAAUGGUAUAUAUUUGGGCGACUCCGCCCUCAACCCCGUUUUCUCGGCCCUCAGCUCCCACAAUGCCAGCGUAUUUGUGCAUCCAGCCUCUCCAAGUUGCACAUCUGUCGCUCUUGACCACCCAAUUCCGAUGACAGAGUAUCCUUUCGAUACCGUGCGUGCUAUGGAGAAUUUAUUACUAACUGGUCAACGUGCGAAAUACCCGGACCUUAAAAUAAUAUUCGCUCACGGUGGUGGCGCUAUGCCAUAUCUGGCCACACGUAUUGCUGGUGUCGCGACACUUUCCUACGCAGGCGGAAUUUCUUUCGCUGAAACAAUGGCUCAACUUACUGGAUAUUAUUUUGAUCUUGCUAGCGCAACAUCAGCCAUUCAACUGACUGCUUUAAAGAGCUUCAUUGGUGCCGGAAAGCUCGUGACUGGAAUUGACUAUCCCUACGUACCACUUACACAGGCUUUGCCAGGUCUGACGGGCAUCCAAGGAAAUGGGAAUUUUACGGAUGAAGAGAUGGUCUCGAUUAAAUACCUAAAUGCCUUGGAAAUUUUUCCACGAAUCUCCAAUGCCUUGAAACUUCAGUAA